UUUGAUUACACAUCCUUACGUUCCACUGUAUUUUUAGCUAUCAAUAGGUAGUGACAAAAGAAUUAGUUGCGUUUCAUUUCACAACAUGUCGGGGUUUCUUAUAACAGCAGCAAUUGCGUUUGUGAUAAUUAUUAUUAUCCAGCAGUUUGUUAAGUUUAUGAGGCUAAAAAUUGCUUUUCGUGGAUUCCCGGAACCCCUCGAAGAUAAACACUGGCUCCUCGGUCAUCUUCCAAUAUUUACAGCAAGGACAUUCAAUAAGUCCAUGAUAGACAAAUUGUUGGAAUGGACGGCGAAGUACCCAAGAAUUUAUGUCAACUGGUUUGGUCCAUUAAAUCCAAGGGUGGUGCUGAAUCACCCAGAAACAAUCAAGACGGUCUUAGUAACCGCAGAUCCGAAACCUGUUGGUUAUGGACAAGCAUACAGACAUGGUAUUCCGUGGUUAGGAGAGGGACUGCUUAUUGCUGGGGGCACAAAAUGGAAACGCUCAAGACGUCUGCUUACUCCUGCCUUCCACUUUGACAUUCUGAAGCCUUACGUCAAAAUCUAUAAAUCAUGCGCAGACAUCCUUGUGAAAAAUAUGAUGGCAUUAGCGGAGAAGAAAUCAAGUCUGGAGAUUUUUGGCCUAGUUAGUUCCUGUACAUUCGAUAUUAUACUACGAUGUGCCUUUUCGUAUGAAACAGAUUGUCAAAAUUCGAGCGGAAAAGUGCAUCCGUACAUCAAAGCUGUUAAUGAAAUAGCGUCAACAUGGACCCGCAGAAACAGGAUUCCGUGGCUUCAUCCUGGUUUUAUAUUUUAUCGAACAUCAGACGGCAAAAAAUUUCAAGAAAAUUGUGAUUAUGUUCACAAAGUAGCAGAAGAUGUAAUUGACAAAAGACGAAAAGAUCUGAAAUCUAUGGACCUUUCCUCAAAGAAAUAUUUGGAUUUUUUGGAUAUAUUGCUGACAGCAAAGGAUGAAGAUGGAAACAUGAUGUCAAAGGAAGACAUGCGCAGUGAAGUUGAUACGUUUAUGUUUGAAGGUCACGAUACAACAGCUAGUGCCAUCUCAUGGAUCCUGUUUUCAUUAGCCGAACACCCCGAAUGUCAGAAGAAAUGCCAGGAAGAAAUUGAAAGAGUUGUCAGUGAGACAAAAUCUGGAGAACUCGAGUGGAAAGACCUUAACAGACUGGAAUAUCUUGCAAUGUGCAUAAAAGAAGGAAUGCGGCUUCAUUCGCCAGUACCAGGAAUCCUCAGAGAAAAUCAAGCCCCAGUUAAAAUUGACAACUUUGAAAUUCCAGCAAAAACGAACAUAAUAAUCAGCAUACACAGCCUGCAUCAUAAUCCAACAGUAUGGGGAGAGGAUCACAUGGAAUUCAAACCCGAGAGGUUUACGCGCGAAAACAUCGAAAAGAGAGACUCGUUCGCGUUUUGUCCAUUUUCUGCCGGUCCCAGAAACUGUAUUGGACAGCAAUUUGCCAUGAGCGAAGAGAAGAUUGUUCUUGCAACACUCUUGCAAAAAUUUGACUUUUCUGUGGACAAAACACACAAUGUUGAAAAGCAAAUAGCUGCAGUUAUGCGAGCCAAAGAGGGAAUAAAGUUAUUUGCACAUCCAAGAUGAACUGUUGAAAUUUAACUACUAGUAUUAAUUAAUCGUAUUUUAAUUGUUAUGUUUGAUAAUUUCUGCCUGAAAUAUCAUCUAAUUUCAAUCCAAAAUAAAGUGCUACGUUUGUUCAAA